CUCUUCGACUUCAUCACGGAGCGUGGCGCUCUGGACGAGCCGCUGGCGCGCCGCUUCUUCGCGCAGGUGCUGGCUGCCGUGCGCCACUGCCACGCCUGCGGGGUGGUGCACCGCGACAUCAAGGACGAGAACCUGCUGGUGGAUCUGCGCGCGGGCGAACUCAAGCUCAUCGACUUCGGCUCAGGCGCGCUGCUCAAGGACACUGUCUACACCGACUUCGACGGAACUCGGGUGUACAGCCCUCCAGAGUGGAUUCGCUACCACCGCUACCACGGACGUUCAGCCACCGUAUGGUCCCUGGGCGUGCUGCUCUACGACAUGGUGUGCGGUGACAUCCCCUUUGAGCGGGAUGAGGAGAUCCUACGGGGCCGCCUGUUCUUCCGGAGGAGGAUCUCCCCAGAGUGCCAGCAGCUCAUUGAGUGGUGUCUGUCCCUGCGGCCCUCAGAACGGCCCUCCCUGGACCAGAUCGCAGCCCAUCCCUGGAUGCUUGGGGCAGAGGGAGGCGCUCCUGAGAGUUGUGACCUUCGGCUUUGUGUUCUGGAUGCUGAAGAUGGGACCAGUACCACGUCUAGCAGUGAGAGCUUGUGAGGAGGGACUGGGCUCCCUGGAAUACAGACUUCUGCUGCCUGAUUCUUCUUGCACAGCAGUGACCUCUGACUCCUGGUGACCUCUGCCCUUGGCACCGGGCCUGUUUCCUUUGCUUUGAGUGCCUUUUUGAACGCUGCUCCAUAGGACUGGGUUUUCUCGAGCUCUUCUGUCCAAAGACUGCUCUGGGCAAAGCGAGGUCCCACCUGCAUUGGGUGGAUACUUGAACCAGAGACCCCUGCAGUGCUGCUGGGUCCAGGAGGCAGCCUUCCCGUGUGACCUUGUCUGGCCUGGAGUACCCAUUGUGCCCACCUCCUGCCCUUUCACGGUGUCCUCCGGGCAUGCCCACGCACAAGCAAUGCAAGUUGGGCCUCUGCCGGCCCACCCAUGCCUCAAGAGCUGUGUCCUCACGCUAUCGUCUUAUUUAUGAUGUGAUUCCUUGGAGCGCCCCGCCCAUUGGGGCUAUUUAUUGUUUAAUUUAUUUGUUGAGGUUACUUCCUUCUCCAAGCAGCCCUGCCUCAGGCCUCUGGGGCCUGAGGAGAGGAGAGGGGGGCUGUUUGACCAGGACCCAGGUCCUCAUCCCUGCCCUGGAGCAGGUCCCCCACCCCAUCUCUUUGGGAGGAAGAAUUGUACAGUGGUUAAUUUAAGGGGAGUGGGUGAUCCCUACCCUGGGCACUCUGCGCUGAGGGUGGGUUUUAAAUUAUUGACAGUGUACAGUCUGCUUGCUGGCUCUGAAAGUUGGGGGUGGAAGACAGAGUCUCAAGCCCUUAAUUUAUUUUAGUGGCUGUGUUUCUGUGUCCCCGGUGUGAGUAGGCAUCGGGAGUGGGGGGUUCUUUCAGUUCAACAGUGAGAUGUCUGGAGAUCAUAUUUUUUAUACAGGUAUUUCAAUU